GGGAAGAGAGGGGAAGAGAUGGUGUUGCCGCAGUACUUCUACGAUGUGCCGGACGUGGAGGAGAGGGAACGCACGGCUUGGAUUGUGCCUUUGAUUGUGAUAGCGAAUGUGGUGGUAUUGAUGGUUGUAAUGUUCGUUAACAAUUGUCCUGUUCAUGGUGGUGGCGAUGGAGGAAGCAGAAGCUGUUUUGCUGGAUUUCUAAGGCGGUUUUCUUUCCAGCCGAUUAGGGAGAACCCUCUUCUUGGACCUUCAUCGUUCACGCUGGAGAAACUUGGAGCUCUUCAAUGGGAAAAAACAGUGCAUCAGCAUCAAUGGUGGAGGCUGCUUGCUUCCAUUUGGUUGCAUGCCGGCGUUAUUCAUUUACUUCUAGACAUCUUAAGCCUGAUAUUUAUCGGCAUCCGCCUCGAGCAACAGUUUGGAUUUGUGAGGAUUGGCACAAUCUAUCUCAUCUCAGGAAUUGGUGGCAAUGUGCUUUCAUCUCUUUUUAUAACAAAAGGCAUCUCAGUUGGAUCCUCUGGUGCUCUCUUUGGACUUUUUGGAGCAAUGCUUUCAGAACUAAUCACAAACUGGUCCAUCUAUUCUAAUAGAGCUGCAGCUAUCUCAACUCUACUAUUAAUUGUAGCAGUAAAUCUGGUGAUUGGAAUAUUACCACUUGUCAACAAUUUUGCACACAUUGGAGGAUUUAUAGCAGGUUUUCUUCUGGGGUUUGUUCUUCUGAUUAAGCCACAGUUUGGCUGGACUGAGAGACAGAGUCUUCCUCAUUGCCAACCCACAUCAAAAUAUAAGCUUUAUCAGCUUGUGCUUUGGGUUAUAGGAAUCACUUUUCUUAUUGUUGGGUUUGUAGUUAGCUUGGUGAUGCUAUUUAAAGGAGUGAAUGGAAGUGAGGGGUGUCGCUGGUGUAGAUAUAUGAACUGUGUUCCUACAUCAAAAUGGUCCUGUGGGAAUUGA